GAAGAGCAAGACAUAUUUAGCAGUAAGGAAGACAAAGAGAAUUAUUUAAAAUUCUUUAGGGAAAGUCCAGGAUCAAACCCUGUGGCUGUUUUAUAGCAAGAUUUAGCUGCUCAAUUUGAUAGAUGAAAGAGUUUAUAUUUCAAAUAGCUAACUUAGCAAACCUGAUGAUAGAGGCUGAUCACACCUUAGAAAUAGUGAGACUUCCGUAAGGCACCAAUUAGAUUCAAAUUUCAAUGAAAAAAGAAGAUGGUUUCCUUAUUGUGCCGAAUCUUCAACAUUUGUGUCACUCUUUUUGUUCUGAUCAUUUUCUGCAUUAGUUUUAACAAAUGCUGGGUGAAAUCAGCUCAGUUUAGAGUCAUUGGACCUGACUGGCCACUCACAGCCAUUGUAGGACAGGACAUUCUCUUACCAUGUCAGCUGUCCCCCAAGAGGAAUGCUAAGAACAUGCAGGUGAGGUGGUUCCAGUUCGAGUUUGAUAAAUAUGUGCAUCUGUACCAGGAUGGGAAAGACCACAAUAGCACGCAGGUUCCAGAAUAUCAGGGAAGGACGACACUUCUGAAAGAUGAAGUAGUGGAGGGAAAUGUUUCCUUGAGGAUUUUCAAUGUCAGAUUCUCUGAUGAAGGGAAAUACCACUGUUUUGUUCAAGAUGAAGCUGAUUAUGAAGAAGCCAUAUUGGAACUGAAGGUAGCAGGUUUAGGCUCUGUACCUCUCAUUUCUGUCGAGGACUACCAGGAUGGAGGGAUCCGUAUGACUUGUCAAUCAGCUGGGUGGUACCCAGAGCCCGAAGUACUGUGGAGGAAUACCAUUGGGCAACAUUUACCAUCACUUUCUGAAACAAAAUCCCAAAAGGAGGAUGGCCUGUUUGAAACUCAAAAUGCCAUUGUUAUACAACAACAUUCAAAGCAGAACUUGUCCUGUUGGAUCAAAAACAACUUCCUCAAUCAAGAGAAGGAAUCAGCCAUUUAUAUAUCAGAUCCCUUUUUCCCCAGGGUGAAUCCCUGGAUGGUGGUGCUGUGUGGAAACCUUGUGGUUUUGUUUGGUUUCUUGGUCCUGGCAGUUUGUCUCUUCAGAAUGAGAGAUAAACUUCAUAAAGACAUUGGGAGGCAUCUUCAAAAAAUCAGCGAGCUCCAACUAGAACUUGGGUGGAGAAGAACUGCAGCCCACCCAGCAAAUUUGACUCUCGAUCCAGAGACGGCUCAUCCUGAACUUGUCCUGUCUAAGGAUCAAAAAAGUGUGAGAUGGGGAGACACACGACAGGAUCUGCCUGACAAUCCUGGGAGAUUUGACUUUCAGCUCUGUGUGCUGGGCCUCGAGCGGUUCGCCUCGGGAAGACAUUACUGGGAGGUGGAGGUUGGGGAGGGGGGAGCCUGGGCUGUGGGAGUUGCCAGAGAGUCUGUGCAGAGGAAAGGAGAGGUCAGCCCUAACCCUCAGGUGGGGAUUUGGGCUGUGGUGCAGUUGGGAGGUAGGUACCGGGCUCUCACUGCCCCUGAUCGCACCCCAUUGUCCCUGAGCCAGAUCCUCAGGAGGGUUGGGGUCUAUUUGAACUAUGAAGAGGGGAGGGUGGAAUUUUUUGAUGCUGAUAUUGAAUCCUCAAUCUUCAUCUUCUCUGUGGCUUCAUUUGCUGGGGAGAGACUCUGCCCUUGGAUUCGAAUUUGGGAUAGGGGACCUGACUUGAGGCUGCGGUACUGAGAAGCAAGCCAGUGGGAAAUCAAUGUAGCAGAGAGGCUGUCUUAACUGGCCGCUCUAGCUGCUACUCAGUCAUCUUUGUGACCCUGGAGAAUUCCACACUUCUUGAAGACUUUCUACAGCAUAGCCUUGGAGGUGCAGUGGUAGGUUUCUGGACUAGACACCAGGAAGCACCUGAGAUAGAAACUCUGACCUACCAACCUAUCUGUCACAUCCCCAGUGUCCCAGGGGGAUUCUGGAUCAGAGACUGAUUGAUGAGAACCCAAAGAGGCAUGUUGUGGAUUCCCCCAGGAGCAGGGGAGAGGGAAGCACUUGCUUGGGACCCUCAGCAUCGUCUGGUCUGAGUAGCUCCUGAAGUACAGUCUGAGUAAAGUCCAGGUGUGAAUUCUGGAGUAAGGUGGGUCCCAUCUCCUUCUGACUCUGAGAACCUGGUUGUUUGUUCCCUGAUCCUGCCUGGUUACCCAUGACCCUGCAUCAGGGUUGAACAUUCCUACUAAUUUCCCAGGAGAGGGACUUUACUUCUUCAAAAGGAGAAGAUAUGCAUCCCAAAGUCCCAAGCAGCAAAGCAGACAGCUCCUCUUUCAUAAAGGCAAAAGUCACACAGCAAGAUGUUCUUGCCCCUUGUAAAGGGUUAAGUAGUCCCUCCAGGCAAGCCUACACAACUCCGAGGACUCCAAAAUUAGCUCAGCUCCUUCUUUGCCAGUUUGCACAGGUUUAAGGUUGACACCCUUGUAUUCAGUCUACUCCAUUCAUCUUGUUAAGCUUAUCUCACUCUGCUUCCUUUGAUGCCUUCUGGGUUUUACCUCCAAAGGUUGUUUACCAAGCCCACCUGAAGGAUCAUCAAGGCUAUUCAGCUCCUUCUGUUUGAUAUAUAUUCACUCACUUGGGCCAGGCAGCUCUGGUUUUGGUGUGUCGUAACCUCUUCCUUUCUCCC